AUGGCUAACCUGCCCAACAACAACCCCCUUGGCCACCAAGGCCCCCAGGCCACCCCCCACCCAGCGAAUGGGUACCAACCAAACAACCCCCACGCCCAGACGAUGCGCAGGGGUCUGCCCCCUCUCGAGCCAUCACAAUCCCGCAUAGCCUACACAAAGGCAACAUACCCGAGGAUUGUAAAAUCCCUUGACGGCCUCCUCGCCGAGAUAAUGGAGACAACAGCCGACGCGGUCAGAGCGAACCCCAACAAAUAUAUUGCACUCCUCGUGUACGGGGGAGGGAACAAGAUCAAAGAAGAAAACCCCAACCUCACAAGCGACAUUGAGAACUUUAUCCUAGGGCUCACCAUCGCAGGGAACAAAAGGAUACGCGUAGUCGACCCCCCCAAAAAAUACACAGACAAGAGGGGCGACUUCGCCAAACCACACAUCCUCCUGCUCCACCACGGCUCCCCAGAGCUCCGAGCAUACCUGCUCUGGUACCAAACCUUCGCAUUCCAAACUGAAGGGAGGAAGAUAGCCUUCUCCGCCCUCCGUUUCGACGCCAACGUAAGGCCCUGGUUCAUAACGGACAUAGUCGGGCGGGCUGUAUGCGACGACCCGGAAGCAAUCCAAGAAGGCCUGACGACCAUCACCUCCGCCCUCGCAAAAGACACCAACUUCAGAAACCACGUAGAUGCAUGUCUCGCGAAAGUGGAAAACCCCAGAUCCAUCGACGAACGUGUACAGGACACGCUCAAGGGCUUUGAGAUGCACAGCACGCGCGUCACAAACAGAGAAAAGAAGGAGAUAACUGUAUGGCAGCUUUUCGCAAACCCGAUUGCGAACAACGGGCUGGAGUUCAAGGAAUGGCUGAAGAUCAUCACGUCCCGACGAUAUAUCAUUGACGAAAUCGACGAAAUGUUCAUACGGUGCAAAAACCUCAAACCCUAUGACUCGUGCGCCUUCUGCAAGAGCGAAACCCACCCCGAGGAACAAUGCCCCUUCCCACUUGUCGCCGACUGGAAGGGCCCCAUCCCCAAAGAGGUGAGAGCCGAACGAGCCAAGGCCAAAGAAGAACUUGCGACAAAGAACGCCCCCUUGAUCGAGCGAAAUAAGCACUAA